UGGGCUGUUCCGACGAUCGCGCACCGCCCCCGCCGCGCCCCGCGCCCGCCCUUGCUAGCAGGCACCUUCCGCCCCCUGCAUUGCUGAUGCUGCUGCUGCUGGCAGACAUGGACGUGGUGAAUCAGCUGGUGGCUGGGGGUCAGUUCCGGGUGGUCAAGGAGCCCCUUGGCUUCGUGAAGGUGCUGCAGUGGGUCUUUGCCAUCUUCGCCUUUGCCACAUGCGGCAGCUACGACGGGGAGCUCCGGCUGAGCGUGGAGUGUGCCAACAAGACCGAGAGUGACCUCAGCAUUGAGGUCGAAUUUGAGUACCCCUUCAGGCUGCACCAAGUGUACUUUGAUGCACCCAACUGCCGAGGGCGCACCACCAAGGUCUUCCUAGUGGGGGACUACUCCUCAUCAGCUGAAUUCUUCGUCACCGUGGCUGUGUUUGCCUUCCUCUAUUCCAUGGGGGCUCUGGCUACCUACAUCUUCCUGCAGAACAAGUACCGAGAAAACAACAAAGGGCCCAUGCUGGACUUUCUGGCCACCGCAGUAUUCGCCUUCAUGUGGCUAGUUAGCUCCUCCGCCUGGGCCAAGGGGCUGUCCGAUGUGAAGAUGGCCACGGACCCAGAGAACAUUAUCAAGGCGAUGGCUGUCUGCCACCAGACAGGGAACACAUGCAAGGAGCUGAGGGACCCUGUGACCUCAGGGCUCAACACCUCUGUGGUGUUCGGCUUCCUGAACCUUGUGCUCUGGGUCGGCAAUCUAUGGUUCGUAUUCAAGGAGACAGGCUGGGCCGCCCCAUUCCUGCGUGCACCUCCUGGCGCCCCCGAGAAGCAACCGGCACCCGGGGACGCCUACGGCGAUGCGGGCUACGGGCAGGGCCCCGGCGGGUAUGGUCCCCAGGACUCCUACGGGCCCCAGGGCGGCUACCAGCCCGACUAUGGGCAGCCAGUCGGCGGCGGUGGCGGUGGCUAUGGGCCCCAGGGCGACUAUGGGCAGCAAGGCUACGGCCCACAGGGCGCGCCCACCUCCUUCUCCAAUCAGAUGUAAUCUGGUCAGUGCAGCCCCGAAGAACCCCCUCGGUGGGCAAGAGCUCAGGAGAAGGCCUGCCCCCCUUCCUGCCCCUGUACCCUAGGUCUCCACCCUCAAGCCAGGAGACCCUAACUGUCUUUGCUGUUUAUAUAUAUAUAUAAUAUAUAUUAUAUAUAUAAAUAUCUAUUUAUCUGUCUGAGCCCUGCCCUCGCCCACUUCCCUCCUGCACUUGGGGCCGUCUUGAGCAGGCUCCUCCCUUUCCCCCAUCUCUUCCUCUGCAUCCCUCAGCCCCUCUGCGUUCCUGGCCCUGUUCCCUGAGGUUAAGGGGCUCUGGAAGGGGUUGGGGGGGGGACAGGCCUCAGCUGUGUGGGGGAGGGUGAGCGUGAUUUCCGACUCUCCCCUUCCCCCCUCCCGCCUCCUAACUCUGGCCUUGCUUCCUCCAGCAAGGCCUGAACAGAGGCUGUAAUGGGAAAGUCAGCCCCUAGGGCGGGAGAAAGGCAGAGCUGGGAUGGGAUCUGGGGUAGAGAGGACAGCUUUGCUCCCAUGGUAGUCUUGGCAGAGAGCUGUGGAGUUUAGGGGACUGGUCUGCAGGGGCUGGGUUCCAAGCUUGCUGGAUCUGGAGUCUAUAGACGAAGAGUCCUUGGGGCACUCUGCCCAGGGCUUGGAAGGGUGAGGCGUGCCUGUAGAAGGGGCACCUUUCAGUGAAGGGGACACGGGCUCCAGAGUGGGCAGGCAGGUCUUGGAUUGGAACUGUAGCUUGGCACAUUCAGGAGUGAGCUUGGUUAUAAAGGGGAUCUUGAGUGGGGCAAGAAGUAGUGUUUGGGGAAGGGGCGAGUUCAAGGUGAGGUCCUACUGAGGGCUCCAGACGGGGUAGGACAAAGUGGGACUUGUAUGGUGGUUCCGGAAGGAGCAGCCCCUCCCCAAAAGGAGCAAUGAAGAAAGUGCUUUAAAUGAGAGGGUCUGGGCAAUGGGGCUGGGGCGGGGGGUGGCUGGAAGCUGCAGGAUGAAUUUGGUUAAGGGUAGGAGGGAAUGUGCCCAGCCAAGGCUGGGGACCUUAGUGGCCUGGGAAGAGCUGAGUGACAAGGCUUGGAGGGUGAGGGGUGGGAUCCAGACAGAAAUACCUGUCCACCCUUGCCCACACCCUUGAUCACACAGCUAGGUAAUCAGAGGACAGAGCCAAUGGGUCUGUGGGGCUGGCCCACCCCUUUUCCCCCGCCCCUCCCUCCCUCCACACCUCUGCCUAUCCUGGGGUGGUUGGAGGCCUGGUCUGGAGCCCUAUCCUGCACCCUCUGCUGUGUCUGUGAUGUCGGUAGUGCCUGUGAUCGUGUGUUGCCAUUUUGUCUGGCUGUGGCCCCUUCUCUUCCCCUCCAGACCCCCACUUCCUGCACCCUUCGAUAUUGUUUGAAGAUCCCCUCCCAAGGAAGAACAAACAUGAGUAAUUCUCCCCAAAUAAACUCCUCAACCACCUAGUC